GCGAUGAGUCAAACAUAACUAACCCUGAGCUAAUCCAUAGACGGACUAGCUGAGACUAUGGCUGAGACCUUAUAAAUAUAGACUGCGCGAGACUGGCUGGCGGAGUUGCACCACAAGAAAUAGAAACAAGCUUGUUGGAAACCCUGAGCACCAAUCAUGUCUCAGCUUAGUGGGAAGGUCCAGACUGUCCUCGGUGUGGUGGAUCCAGAUCAACUGGGCCGCACAAUGACCCAUGAGCACCUCACCAUGACCUUCGAGUGCUGCUACUUCCCUCCCCCUCCAGGUGAUGAGGCGGUGGCUGAGGACCCGUUCCACAUGCAGCACAUGCACUGGCUGAGGCAGAACCCAUACAGCUGCCACGAGAACCUGCUCCUGCAGCAGGAGACCGGUGCCGUGAGGGAUGAGCUGCUGGCGUACAGGAAGGCAGGAGGGGGCACCAUAGUGGAAAAUACCACCACAGGAAUCGACAGGGACCUUCCCACCCUCAAACAGCUGGCCAAGGAGACGGGGGUGCACAUCAUUGCAGGGGCAGGGUACUAUGUGGACAGCACCCAUACUGAGGCCACCAAGAGGAUGAGUGUGGAGAAGCUCACAGACAUCAUCGUCAGCGAGGUGCUUCAUGGCGCUGACGGCACAGACAUCCGCUGCGGUGUGAUUGGAGAGAUCGGCACUUGCUGGCCAAUCACAGAGAGCGAGGCGAAGGUGCUGAGGGCGUCGGCUCACGCUCAGACCCAGCUCGGCUGCCCCGUCAUCAUCCAUCCCGGGAGGAAUCCGGCCGCUCCAGCUGAAGUUGUCAGAAUACUUCAGGAGGCUGGAGGUGACAUCAGCAAGACUGUCAUGUCACACCUGGACAGGACCAUAUUUGAUGAUGGUGAACUGCUGGAGUUUGCAAAGCUGGGCAGUUAUCUGGAGUACGAUCUGUUUGGCGUAGAGAUGCUGAACUACCCGUACAACCUGGAGGUGGACAUGCCCAGUGACAGCCAGAGAGUGAAGACUUUGGCGUUCCUUGUGAAGGAGGGCUACGAGGACAAGAUCGUGAUCGCACACGACAUCCACACCAAGAACCGUCUCACCAAGUACGGCGGCCACGGCUACUCUCACAUCCUGAAAAACAUCGUGCCUAAGAUGCUAAUGAGGGGGAUCUCACAGCACCAGGUGGACAAGAUCCUCAUUGACAACCCCAAACGCUGGUUAACUUUCAAAUAAAUCACAAGAAGACGUUGAUAAUUUCAUCCUAUGUAGACGGAUAAAAAUGAAAUCUUUGAGAUUUUUUCAACAGUCACAGUCCAGAGUAGUUUUAAAAUUUGCUUUUGAAGCUUCAUUUUUGUGAAGGAAUUAAGUCUUUAACGUAAACGUUGCCAAAGUUUUAUGCAAAGCUAAAUGUUUUUCUAACUCUUUCCAAUGGAAGAUCAUUUGUAUUAGUAGUUGAAAGAGUUUCUAUUGAUGCACUAUUAAUCAAAACUUUUAUAUCUGUGAUUGAACAUUAUUCACUUUGUAAGCUAGUCAUAGGAAGGACCUUUGCGCGAUCACUCCGCCUCAUAACCAGCAUUUUCCUGUUUAUGUCACAAAAUAUCCUCUUUUCUUUGUCCCCUAAACUCUGAAUGCAAUCUUUGACAAAAAUCCUCUGUUAUGGUGCUAAAAAAGCGUGGUGCUAAUUGAUUUUUCACCUUCAAUGUUAAUGUCACAGCUGCUUCCUUUGUAUUUCUAAGUGACAUCUCUGCCAACAUGCUUUAUGGGGCUGAAAAUAACAAGUGUGUUGGUAAUCAGUAUGCUGCUCUGCUCUCGACACAAUGCGGCUGUGUUAGAUGAGUUGUCCUGUUGCCCCUCAGUGGGUGUCUGGGUGUCUCUGGGAGGCUGAGUGGCUGGCAGGGCCCAGAUGAAGGACAUGUUCUCCUCUCAUCUGGGAACAGGUGGCCUCACAGGGUGACUCCUCGCCACAUGAUCAGCGGCACGAUUGCAGCAGAAACCCAACAACUGUAUAACUUUGAUUAAUCUUCUGAGAGGACUAAAAAAAAGGAGGCAGGGGAUUUAUUUUGUACAUUAUAUUUUUACACAUGAGCUGACAGUUUUAUACAGAGGGACCCAUGACUUACCACCAGACCUCCCUGUGCUCCAACCAGCUGUCACAAGAAGACAAGAAAUUGAGUUACAGUGAUCCUCUUGUGACAGUAACAUCAGUUUGGCCCUUUACAUCUUCUCUUGUAAAUGUUUGAAUCAUGCAUCACUUCAGCAUUUACAUGUCCACUCAAAAAUGCAAUAACUGUUAAAUCUGUAUGAAAAAUAAAGCACAUAUAGGGACUAA